AUGUCUAAUCGCAAUUUUCGUCAAAUUUACUUCUACGAGUUCAAACUGGGCCGGACUGCCGCUCAAACCGCUCGAAAUAUCAACGAAGUAUGGGACCAGGGAAGUAUCAACGAAUGCACAGUACAACGUUGGUUCCAAAAGUUUCGUGCCGGCAACACCAGCCUCGAAGACGACCCACUUGAUAACGACUUAUUGAAGGCGACAGUCGAAGCUGAUCCACGCAAAACCACACGAGAUAUUGCCAAGGAGCUCAAUGUCGAUCACACUACAGUUGUUCGCCAUUUGAAACAGAUUGGUAUGACCAAGAAGCUUGACAAGUGGGCUACACAUGAAUUGACCGAAAGUCAGAAAAAUCGCCGUUUUGAGAUGUCGUCGGCCCAUCUUUUGCGCAAUGAAAACGAUCCAUUUCUCGAACGGAUUGCGACUUGCGAUGAGAAAUGA